GCCUAACUACGUCGACACAUUGCGCAAUUUAGCUGACAAUAAUCUACAUAAACAGAUGGCGCAGCGAAAUGCAAAUACAAUGAUGUUCCCUUACCCCAGUAAGUGGAAAGUAUUAAAUGAAAGAAAAGAUAUUUCGAAAUAUUUGAAUGUGUACUCAUUAUCUCCCUAAUUUUCCACAAUAAACUUUUUCUUGCCAAGGAGAUUUCUAACAAUUUGUGCUAAUUUAAAGCAAAUGUUCAUAGUGGUAAUACUGAGUAUAAGGGUCUUUGUUUUACCGCAAAGUUGGUAUCACCAAAGUAUCCAAAACAUCAUCAUCGGUAAUAGGUCUUUUAAUCAACAUGAAAAGUAAUGUUCAAAACUUUAUAAACUUCGUAAAUAAAUAUCUUUAUGGACGUAAGACUUUCAACAAUGUAAGUGCUAAGCUUGAAAACGCAGUGGUUAAUACAAAAGAUCAACUUAUGAAUCAUAUCCAAAAUUUAAACAUUGUACAGGAAUUUCAAGCGGUACCACUGAAAUCAGAAAAACCAAUGCCACACAAACUCGUUACUUGGUGGCAAUGGUAUCAACAAUUAACGGGUCUACAUUCCGUAGAGGAAGCUAGACAACAAGUCAUUUCAUUACAAAAUCUUCUAAUCAAAUGUCAAGAAAAGAGACGUUGUACUCGUCAAGAGGCAUUUAUAAUAAAUCAAAAAAUAAAAGAAAUAUAUAGCGAGAUGUUAAGCACAAAAAGAGAAGAUCCCAAAUACGUCAAAUUGACGAUGGAAGAAAACAACAGUCUUCGAGAACAAAGUAUAAUUACCGACAAAUUAAUUUUAUUAGAAGAAGAAGAAAAAGAUAAUUUUUUACAUUUAACAACCGCUAUUAAAGAAUAUCACGAUGCGCAAACAAUGAAUUCUCAUAAACACAAAUAUGUAACUAUCUUGGCAACUAUAACUUCCGCAAUAUUAUCAAUUAUAUGUUCAUUGAUAUAUCAAAAUAAAAGGUCAGAGGACAUAAAGACAGUUGUAUCUUUUAUGCAAAACAAUAAUGAAUCUUAUGAAUCUAACUUUAAGAAAAAUAUUGAUUCUUUAAAAGAAUAUUUCGAUGAAAAAAUUUCUAGUAAUAAAUCUCCAAACCAAGUAGAAAAGCAAUCACAAGACACAUGGAAAACUUAUGCGACAUGGAGUUGUUAUGUAAUUACUGCUAUUUGGAGCAUAAGAACUUUAUUUGGUUCCUAAAAAAGCUAAACUUUCGGUGAAACAUUUCAUUCUAUAUUAUUUUUUCCGCAUAUCUAAAUAUAUUGCGAUACUAAAAUAAGUUUUUAUCUAUUUUUGUUUAUUUUAUUAAAUAUUUAAUUUAGAAGAGUAAUACGUUUCAUGAAUCCAGGUUCACAAAAAAUAACAGAAAAGAAAAAAAAAAUACAAAAAUUACAAGCAAUCAACAUUUUCAGAACUUUAUAUAUAUGAAUUUCGUAUUAGUUGAAAUACUAAUUCAAGAAACGAAUUUAUUUGAGUCCUUUUAUAAGUUUCUCUUAUUUUUAUAUUUUUAUAUUAAUGUAUCUUAACAUUAAUAAACAGAAGUGUAUUAUAACGAUAUAAA